GCUAUGACGGGCCUUCUCAAAAACAAUCCCGACAUUCCUGAAAUCGUGCGCACUUUGAACGAUGCAGGAAAUCUCGUUGCCGAUUGCCACUUCGCAGAAACAGACACUCGUCGGACGGUCAUCAUUCCGUUAGUCGACAAAUCUCUGACUGACUCUUUUAAAAAUCGGAAGAGAGACAGUCUUUUGUUCGGAGAGAGCUUAGGCGAGGUGGUUAAGAACUCUAGAGGAAUUAAAAAGACGAGUCAACUUAUUCAAGCUGCUGCACCUGUUUCUAACACGAAUUUAAACUACAAAGGCCCAUCGACUCGUCCGAGGCGGCAGUGGGUAGGACAGGCCUACACGCAGCAACGAGUCGGUGGGCAGCGGGCAACGUUCUCGAGUCGUGGCCGGCGCACAGCCGCCACGAACCCGCCGCCGCAGCCUGCUCGCCGGCAGCCGCCGCCGCCGCCGCCUGUGCGGCGCCAGCCACAGCGCCGGGAACACGUGGCCGGCAAUCGUCGGCAGAAGUAGCUACGCAGCCUCAGGUCAACACACCCGCUACAUCGAAGGCUUUCCCUGGCAGUGAGUGUGUUAUCCGGGAAGGCUUUAUUAAAAAAGGGGUG